AUUGCAAUCGAUAUCAGGAGAUGCCAUUCGCUCGCCUAUCGUGAAUCGUGAAAAACGAAAACGCGAAAAAUGAAAACGCAAUACAGAAAAGCAAAAUUGAAGUGAUACUAAGUGCAACAACGACGGAGCAAAAGAUUGCGUGCACACAACUCCCGCGAGGACGACAACUAAACAACUAACGAUAAUAAAAAGUAGUAACGCAGCAGAAGGAGAAGGAGCUAACCACACCCCCGUCGCCCCCCCGCCGCGAGUGGUGCCCGAAUAACGCCCCGCCCACCCGCAUCUCCACUCCAGUCCAUCAGAAAAGAAAAUAAUAUAAAAAAGUUAUUAACAGCCGAAGCAUCCACAUCCGCGAUGUCAAGUGAUAAGAUCAAAGUCGCCGUAAGGGUGCGACCCUUCAAUCGACGCGAAAUCGAAUUGGGUACAAAAUGUAUCGUGGAAAUGGAGAAACAGCAGACCAUACUGCAGAACCCGCCACCACUGGAAAAAAUAGAAAGAAAACAACCAAAGACAUUUGCAUUCGAUCACUGCUUUUACUCAUUGAAUCCCGAGGACGACAACUUCGCGUCCCAGGAGACAGUAUUCGAUUGCGUGGGACGUGGAAUUCUGGAUAAUGCAUUCCAAGGCUAUAAUGCGUGUAUAUUCGCUUAUGGCCAGACAGGCUCUGGCAAGUCCUACACGAUGAUGGGCUCACAGGAGAGUAAGGGCAUUAUUCCACGACUGUGUGACCAGCUCUUCUCGGCCAUAGCCAACAAAUCCACACCCGAACUGAUGUACAAAGUGGAGGUGUCCUACAUGGAGAUUUACAACGAGAAGGUCCACGAUCUGCUCGAUCCAAAGCCGAACAAACAGUCGCUUAAAGUGCGCGAGCACAAUGUCAUGGGUCCCUAUGUGGAUGGACUGUCGCAGCUGGCCGUGACAUCCUACCAGGACAUUGACAACCUCAUGACAGAGGGUAACAAAUCGCGUACCGUGGCCGCCACCAACAUGAACGCCGAGUCGUCACGCUCCCAUGCCGUCUUCUCGGUGGUCCUCACUCAGAUACUCACGGAUCAGGCGACGGGCGUUAGUGGCGAGAAGGUGUCCCGCAUGUCCCUGGUGGAUUUGGCUGGUUCCGAGCGGGCCGUGAAAACGGGGGCAGUUGGCGAUCGUCUUAAGGAAGGCUCCAACAUCAACAAAUCUCUGACCACCCUUGGUCUGGUCAUCUCAAAGUUGGCUGAUCAAUCUAACGGCAAGAAGAGCGGCAACGACAAAUUCGUCCCCUACCGUGACUCUGUGCUCACCUGGCUGCUAAAGGACAAUCUGGGUGGCAAUUCCAGGACCGUGAUGGUUGCGACAAUUUCGCCCUCAGCGGACAACUACGAGGAGACGCUGUCCACGCUACGUUAUGCCGAUCGAGCCAAGCGCAUUGUGAACCAUGCCGUGGUCAACGAAGAUCCCAAUGCCCGAAUCAUUCGUGAGCUGCGGCACGAGGUGGAGACGCUUAGGAGUAUGCUGAAACAUGCCACUGGUUCACCUGUCGGCGAUGUCCAAGACAAGCUGGCCGAGAGUGAGAACCUGAUGAAGCAGAUCUCUCAGACCUGGGAGGAGAAGCUGGUUAAGACAGAACGUAUUCAGAACGAACGACAGCAGGCGCUCGAGAAAAUGGGCAUUAGUGUUCAGGCCAGUGGCAUCAAGGUGGAGAAGAACAAGUACUACUUGGUAAAUUUGAAUGCCGAUCCGUCCCUUAACGAGCUGCUGGUCUACUAUCUGAAGGAUCGUACGCUGAUUGGCGGACGCAGUAUCAGUGGCCAGCAGCCAGAUAUACAACUUUCCGGUCUGGGCAUACAGCCCGAGCAUUGUGUGAUCACCAUUGAAGACAGUGGACUAUACAUGGAGCCAGUGCAGGGAGCGCGUUGCUUUGUUAACGGAUCGGCAGCUGUGGAGAAGACGCCGUUGCAGAACGGCGACCGUAUCCUUUGGGGCAACCACCACUUCUUCCGCGUCAACUCGCCGAAGAGCAAUAAUACUAGCAUGUGUGCGUCGGAGCCCCAGACGCCGGCGCAACUGAUUGAUUACAAUUUCGCACGCGAUGAGAUUAUGCAGAACGAACUGAGCAACGACCCUAUCCAGACGGCCAUUGCUCGGCUAGAACGUCAGCACGAAGAAGAUAAGCAGGUGGCGCUGGAGAAGCAGCGGCAGGAGUACGAAAGGCAGUUCCAGCAGCUGCGCAAUAUUCUCUCUCCAAGCACGCCGUAUGCUCCCUAUGCCCCGUAUGAUCCACUUCGCAUGGGCAAGAUUACCCCAAAUACUCCCACUUCGCAAAUGCGGGUGGAAAAGUGGGCGCAGGAACGAGAUGAGAUGUUUAGGCGAAGUUUGGGACAGCUAAAAACAGAUAUUAUGCGUGCAAAUUCUCUGGUCCAGGAGGCUAACUUUUUGGCAGAAGAGAUGGAGAAGAAGACCAAGUUUUCAGUCACUCUGCAGAUACCGCCAGCCAAUCUGAGUCCCAACAGGCGGCGCGGGGCCUUCGUCAGCGAACCCGCCAUUCUGGUGAAGCGCACAAACUCAGGCAGCCAGAUCUGGACAAUGGAGAAGCUGGAGAACAAGCUGAUAGACAUGCGUGAGAUGUAUCAGGAUCACAAGGAGCGCGUACUCAACGGGCUGCCCCUUAUAGAGCCAUUCUCAGACGACGAGUAUGAUGACAAGGACGAUGACAGCUCCAAACCGCAGGAUCCUUUCUACGAGUCGCAAGAGAAUCACAAUCUCAUUGGCGUGGCCAAUAUAUUCCUGGAGGUUCUCUUUCACGACGUUAAGCUGGAUUACCACACCCCCAUCAUAAGUCAGCAGGGUGAGGUUGCGGGUCGACUGCAAGUGGAGAUUGAGAGAAUCUCUGGGCAGAUGCCACAAGAUCGGAUGUGCGAGUCGGUCUCAGAGUCCUCCGGUGAUUCGCGGGAUGAGUACGAUGACCCUGUGGAUCCAACAUCUAACCAAAUUACUUGCCGCGUGACCAUCAAGUGCGCGAGUGGCCUGCCUUUGUCGCUCUCCAAUUUCGUCUUUUGCCAGUACACUUUCUGGGGACAUCAAGAGAUGGUUGUGCCGGUCAUUAAUGCCGAGUCAACGGCUCACGACCAGAACAUGGUGUUCAAGUUCGAGCAUACUCAGAACUUCACGGUCACCAUAAAUGAAGAAUUUUUGGAGCAUUGCAUCGAGGGAGCUCUGUCCAUUGAGGUUUGGGGCCACCGCAGUGCCGGCUUCUCCAAGACAAAGGGCUGGGAAGUGGAACAGCAGCAGGCUAAGGCCCGUUCCCUGGUCGAUCGAUGGGCGGAACUAUCGCGCAAGAUCGAGCUUUGGGUAGAGAUACACGAGCUUAACGACAACGGCGAAUACUCGCCCGUAGAAGUGACAAAUCGCAAUGAGGUCCUGACAGGAGGCAUCUACCAGUUGCGUCAGGGUCAGCAGCGACGGGUGAAUGUGCGUGUGAAGCCGGUACAGAACUCUGGAACACUGCCCAUCAUCUGCCAGUCGAUUGUGAACGUUGCCAUUGGCAGUGUGACGGUUCGAUCUCGGUUGCAGCGACCACUGGACUCGUACCAGGAGGAGGAUCUCACCGUGCUGCGAGAGAAGUGGAGCGAAGCGUUAGGAAGAAGACGUCAAUACCUUGACCAGCAGAUCCAAAUGCUUAUAAAGAAGGAGGAAAAGAACGAGCAAGAACGAGAACGCGAACUGAGUCUGGUGCAUCAGUGGGUUUCGCUCACAGAAGAGCGAAACGCUGUGCUGGUGCCUGCUCCUGGUUCAGGCAUACCUGGAGCACCCGCUUCGUGGGAGCCACCAUCGGGAAUGGAACCCCAUGUGCCCGUCCUCUUCCUUAACCUGAACGGCGACGAUCUGUCGGCACAGAACACCAACGACGAGCUCUCCGUUGCCGGCAUCAAUUCCAUUCUGUCCAAGGAGCAUGGACAUAAGUUCUACACCUUGCAAAUUCUUCAGCAUCUGGAUAAGGAUGUUUGUUGUGUGGCUAGCUGGGACUCUUCGAUGCAUGAUAGCCAGGCUCUAAACCGAGUCACCGAGGCCAACGAGCGCGUCUAUCUCAUUCUGCGCACCACAGUGCGCCUGUCGCAUCCGGCUCCAAUGGAUCUUGUGCUGCGCAAGCGUCUGAGCAUUAACAUUAAGAAGGGACAGACUUUAACUGAUCGUCUAAAGAAAUUCCGACUUGUGCGGGGCGAGAACGCAAUAUGGCAAAGUGGGGUCACCUAUGAGGUGGUUUCCAACAUUCCAAAGGCCUCCGAAGAGCUAGAAGAUCGCGAGUCAUUGGCGCAAUUGGCAGCUAGUGGAGAUGAUUGCUCGGCAAGUGACGGAGAAACCUACAUAGAGAAAUACACGCGGGGCGUUUCGGCGGUGGAGAGCAUAUUGACCCUGGAUCGCCUGCGGCAGAAUGUGGCGGUUAAGGAGCUGGAGACGGCACAUGGACAACCGCUGAGCAUGCGCAAGACCGUCAGUGUGCCGAACUUUUCACAGGCGGUCAAAGACACCACCAAUACCGGGAGUAUUAUGCGCUUCGAUGCAUCGAUGGAGUCGCUGCUGAAUGUGGGACGAUCCGAAUCUUUUGCCGAUCUCAAUAACAGUGCGUUGGGCAACAAGUUUACUCCAGCAGGUCACAGCCCAGCAGGAGCAGGAGGUGUCAUCCGAAAUCGCCACAGCUUUGGCGGCAAGGGUAGCAGCGAUGAUUCCCCCGGAAAGGCGUUUGGCAUUGGCUCAAUAUCUCUGCUGUCAGCGCGUCCAACAUUUUUGAAUCUCAAUUUGAACUUGAACACUUUGAGAAUUGCGCCAACGAAACCUUCGCCAGCUACUAGUAAGCUGCUGGGCAUGCGUAUGACGACGUUGCAUGAAGAGCCCUUGGGUGGACAUAGAUCGCUGGACGAGGAGCCAGAGGACAGCUACAGCGAUUCGGAAUAUGCUGCAGAAUUCGAACAGGAGCGGCAGCAGAACAAGAGUCUGGCUUCGCGGUCACGCCUCACGGCUUCUAAGACCAUGGACUCCUUUAUGGACCUCAGCAGCCAUUCGAACCAGAGCUACUUGAGCUACACAUCCAGUGCCAACGCGAACAUGAAGCAUCUGACUGGCCUGCCAACCCUUAGCAUGAGCUCCUCCACAAGCAGUGGAUAUGGUUCUCAGGCCGUCUCCUGCAAUAAUCUAAGCAACGAGGAUAUUGCUUCAAUGCGUUCGAUGAGCAUUGAUGAGACGCCAGAUUUCGAUCGAGUCAACUCGAAUUCGCCACCGAACCGUCAGGCACGAGUUAACCCCUUCCUAAAGGAUAUGCCUAAAGCCAAAACACAGGAGCAACCGGAGCCAGCACAGGCCAAGAAACUGCAGGAAGCCUUCACGCAUCCAUUGGAGCAGUUGGAGUCCAGGGACAACGCACAAAGUGACGAAGAUGAACGCGAACAGCUGCCAAAGAAUAACAACAACAAUGUGGACGUGAUCAAGGAGCCACAACUGGUCUCCGAACAAACGGAGCAGGAGGAACCAGAGCCGCAAACCGAAUCACAAACAGAGCUUGCCACAGACAAUCAGAACGGCAACAGGUCCUCCGACGAGCUGAGCCACACUUCAGAGGAGCUGCUCGAAGGCGAUGGCAUUGUCCAGGAGGAGUUGUCAGCUGGAAAGGUUGUGCGACGCAAGAAGUCAAACACCCAGCCUCCAAACAAUGGCAAUAGCAUUAACAACAACAAUAACAGCACAACAAGUCACGCACCGCGCAUCAACCAUCGAGCAUCGGUGGCCAAGAUGGAGGGGUUGGCAGCGUACUUGGACUCCAGCGUUAUGACCAGCAGCACAGAAGUUGAUGAUGAGAGCAAGGAUGUGGAAGUGAUCCUGCCAGAUUGGAUUGUGGUAGGCGAAUCUGUACUGAUCCGACCCUACAAUACCAGCGGCGUCAUUCGUUUUGUGGGCACCACAGAGUUCCAGCCCGGUGCAUGGAUAGGUGUCGAACUGGACACGCCAACAGGCAAAAACGAUGGUAGCGUGAAGGGCAUUCAGUAUUUCCAGUGCAAGCCGAAGCAUGGCAUGUUUGUGCGCUCCGACAAGCUGAUGCUGGACAAGCGAGGCAAGGCAAUGCGAGCUUACAAGGCCGCCGAGAAGAGCAACAGCAUCAGCAAAGAGAUGAGUACCUCGAUGACUGGCUCGAUGACACGCUCGAAGAGCCGCGGCGAUUCACUAAACGUUUCGGCGCGCAAAUGAUUGUACCCCAAGUGUUCGCAUCAGCUGCAGCGUUGGACUAAUUGCAGGCAAUCGACGGUAGCCACCAGUGCUGUUAGCAGCCAACCGGCGACCUGCCACAGAUUGCGUGCAACCAGUGGCGCUGCAGAUGCGAACAGUCAUGGCAAGAAGUGCUAUGCCAAUCGACGCUCGACGGCCUUCUAAGGGCCGCCACCCAGGAUGACAAUGUCAAUGACGAGGACAAGGACGAGGACGAGGUCGACGAAGAAGGAGGUUGGGCCUCGUCAAGCAACGAACAAUGCGGAGCAUAAUCCACAUGCCAACCAUAUUCUAGCUUACUUAACUAUUCUCACACCAUGCCGCAAAUGAAAUGCCGUACACUUAACCCCACGCUUCUCUAAGUAGUUUAAGGCGGUGUCUACAGCAGAACUAAUUACUAAUCUAGCUAAACUAAACUAAACGAAACGAAUCGAAACUAAACUAAGCCAGACAGGCAUUCGUGUAGUUGCAAUACCUCGAACACUUGGGCGAGAUCGUAAAAUUUAGUGACCCUUCUUCGAUUAAUGUAUGUGUGAAAUGAGCACUUUUGAUUCCAUUGUUUUUUGUGUUCGUGUAGUUAAUUGUCGUUUAUUGCUUUUCGAUUUUUGAAUUAAGCGCUUUACUGAUAUAUAUAUAUAUAUUUUUGUAAUGGUUCUUUGCCUUUAGUUUAGUUCAAUUGUUUUUGAUAUCAAUGUGACUUGGUUAACGAUGAGCUUAUAUUUUUUAAUUGUUAUUGACUAUAUUCAAUAUAUAAAUCAUUUGUAUAUAUAUUUAUAAUUAAGAUCUUGCAAUAAUUUCGUCUUCAUGUUUCCUUUCCUGAGCUCAUAUUCUGUUUAGCGCAUUUAUAUACAAUUACCAAUACAAUACAAUGUUAGUAAUAAUGAGAGCAAAAUAUUCUAUAGAGCUGCGUCUAAGCAAUUGAAGCCUCCUAAGAUGGUCGCAUCUUGGAACUUAUUCCCCCGAUUAAGACGCUUCGCACUGGCGCAGUUAUGUGUAAAUUGUAUUAUUUUGAUGUGAUGUAUUUAUAAUUUCCCCUUUAUAUAUGCAUAUUUACAUAUAUAUAUAUAUAUAUAUAAAUAAAAUUGAUUUUAUCGUAUAUGUACCUCAUUAAUUAUGAUUUUUUUAAUUUCGCUUAACCCGUCCGGAAUGUGCAAUAUAAGUGUUUAGGAUCUUUAAGUUGUACUUAUCAAUGUUGAAGGUUGUGCGACUAUGUUUGUGAGGCGUUUUAAGUAACAUUAACUGAUCACCGAGCCAGAAGCUGGUGUUAGUCCAAAAAGAAAAGCAAGAAAGCAAUAAUUGCAUUGAAUAUUCAAAUUUUAUGUUAAGAUACUUUAAUAAUCUAAUCGUACACGAAAAGGAUAGAGAGUGACCCCAAAAGAUAAAAUGCCGAAAAAGCGUGGAAAUACUGUAAUGUUUAAACCCGGCACAGGCUAACGAUCGUUUGUACGUAAAACCGUAAACGUAUCCAUCCAUCCAUCCAACCAACCAACAUCCAAAAAGCACUCCAAAACUGAGUCUGAGAUAAAUUGCAAUUUAAAAACCAAACAAUAAGAGCGAUUUACACUUAGAAAACCCAAAAGAAAAAAAAAACAAAACAAAAACUGAAACUAUAAAAUCCAACAGAAAACAGUUGGGAAGAGUCAAUGGUCAAAACCCAACUGGAAGAUCUACAGCCAUUCAUCCAGUGUAUACAAGCAUAAAUAUACACCACUUAUAUAUAUAUAUUAGGUAUAUAUAUUUUCGAACUGUUUUUCUACUUGCGUAAAAGCGAAAAGCAACUACCAAAAUAUACUUGAAAAUACGUCCAAAAUUUAAAAUUCAAGAUCAAGAUACAACUAUGAUAUAUAUAUAUAUAUAUACUUACAACUGCAUGGAUAUUCAUGAAUAUAAAUAUAAAUUACAUAUUUACCAAUGAUAAUCCUAACUGAAAACAGAGUUCAUUUAAAUAUUGAAUGCUCCCUUAGUGGAAUCCCAGAUAAUAAUAGAUCCCAACCAAGGGGGCAUUUCGUUUGAGUAUGUGUGUGCAAUUUUGUAGACGCCGCAAUUUCAAAUCGGUUGAGCAUUAUAAUUCCAAACUAAUUUAGUCACAUGAAUGUACAUAGUGGGGCAUUAUUACCGGCUACUAACUAAAUCACCAUCAAAUUAACGCAUUUAACUAGCGCAAAUAACGUUCAACUAGAAGAGGUUGAUUGAGAAUAGUAAUUGAAAGCCCGAUAGAAAACAAAAGUUAGCAGCACAGCUUAAAAUUGUAAAAUAGAUCGAGAAUCCAUAGUUUGUAGACAGAGUGCAUUGCAAGGAAAUUAAAUAGCCGUAGUAGAGAAUCGAUUGGAAUGCCGACAAAUUGAAUCGUACCUUGACGUUAUAUUAAAGAAUUAAUCAUAUUUUUGUGCAAUCUAGUGCAGUUCUCACGCAAUCAGCCCAGCAACUAACAAAAACAUAGUUUGCCAUUGCAUAUAGCAUUUAGCAUUUAGCAUCUAGCCUCUAGCGUAACGGAAUGUUAGGCGGGCACACACAUAUUAUAUGAUGAGGUAUAUAGGAUCGAAAGGCCUUCGAAAAAAACGUUUACUUGUAAGUUUGCGCACUCUUAGAGCUUUUAGCACGGUCAACGAAUAAAUGUUAUUACACCAGAAUUCUAGCUCGUCUCCAUCAGCCGUUAAAUAAACUAUCCAAAGAGUUCAGCCACGAGUUAAUAAAUAAACUAAACCAUAUAUGCUAGAUCUGCUUUAUCAUAAUACAUACACAAAACAGACGCACGAAGCUAAACCAUUGUUGAUGAAUUGGUUCGUUUCGUUCGUUUUGUAAGUAUUGAUAAUCCAGUUGAGUUUACACACUCUAUCACAUGUAGUUGACAAAUACAGAGCAAAAACAGAAUAUAUAGGUGUCAGCAGCGGAAACCCAUAAUGAUAAUUUUAGUAAUUUACAAUUGUUUAACUCAAAUUUAAGUAUUUUAACAGCAAACACGCCAGAGAAAUUAAACAAAAAAUAAACAAGAAAAAUACACGCGUAAUCAGCAAAUUUGAACAACUUCAACAAAACAAAAGAGAAUAUGAAAUAUGUACUUAUAUCUAUAAAUACAAUUAUACAAACAUGCAA